AUGGAAAAAGAAAAUCAAGUUGAAUGCAUUAUAAGGAUUAGUGAUGCAUCACCGGAGAUCUUGGAGCCCGAGCCCCAGUCUAAACUUAGAAGAAUAUGGGCUAGACCGAAGGGCUUGUUUUUAAGGUUUGUGACAAGGGUCUGGAGGUUCUUAAAGAAAGCAUGGGAUUUAGGAAUAGAUGACCCUAGAAAAAUGUUCCAUUGUCUCAAAGUUGGGGUUACUUUGACAGUUGUUUCAUUCUUUUACUAUAUAAAUCCUUUGUAUGAUAGUUUUGGUGGCAACGCUUUAUGGGCUCUUAUGACUGUUGUUGUCGUGUUCGAGUACACUGUUGGUGGAACUCUUUACAAGUCUUUAAACAGAAUCUGUGCAACUUCACUAGCAGGAUUUCUUGCAUUAGGCGUACAUUGGGUUGCCAGGCAGGCGGGACAUAGAUUUGAGCCAAUUAUCAUGGGCAUAUCUCUCUUUAUAAUAGCUUCUGCCACAACCUUUUCUAGAUUUAUUCCACAAGUGAAAGCUAGGUAUGACUAUGGAUGCACCAUUUUUAUCCUCACUUAUGGUCUAGUAUUACUUUCGGGGUACCGUGUGGAGAAACUCCUAGAUGUAGCCAUGGAAAGACUGGUAACAGUUAUCAUAGGGACUUGUUUGUGCAUAUUCAUUAGCAUGCUCGUAUGUCCCAUUUGGGCUGGUACGCAGCUCCACCUUCUAGUAUCUUCUAACAUGGAUAAGCUUGCAUCUUCCCUUGAUUCCUGUGUAGCUGAAUACUUUGGGGAGGCUGAUGAAGAUUCAAAACAGAAACUGAAAGACUAUAAACAUGUUUUGAGCACAAAAGCCUCAGAAGAAUCUAUGGCAGAAUUUGCUAGAUGGGAGCCUGCCCAUGGCCAGUUCGGUUUCAGGCAUCCAUGGAAGAAUUACAUCAAAUUAGGCUCAUCAUCACGUAGCUGUGCUUAUUGCAUUGAAAUGCUGGUUAGUUGUCUGGAUUCUAGAAAUCAGGUACCUGAGACGAUAAGGAAUCAUCUUAGAGCAUCAUGUUUGAGUUUAAGCUCAGCAUCCUCAAAUGUUAUAAGAGAACUGUCAACAAGCGUAUCUUCAAUGACACGAUCGACCCAACUAUAUACAGAUAUCAAAGAAAUGAAGAAGGCAGUUCAACAGUUACAAGAUAACUUACAGACUCUGCCUAAUUUAUCGAUUCAGUCACUAGAAGAGAAAUGCAAGAAACAUGAGAUGCCGCUCACAGAAAUCAUCCAAUUAGUUAGUUUCACUUCUUUGCUAAUUGAAAUUGCUUCAAGGAUAGGAGGCAUUGUGAAAAAAGUCGAAGAAUUAGCAGACUUGGCUGAAUAUAAGCUGGCAGAAGAUGAAGUGGAGCUCCAGAAUACCACGGUUUUGAGCAAGAUUACGUAUAAAGAUGAAAACAGUACAACACUACAACAAACCUCCAAAAUGUCUGAAUGUUCUCAUUCUUCUUAUAUAUAAGCUUUACAUACAUACUCUAGUUUAAAUAUGUAAAGUAUAUAAUCUAGCGGAAACAUACUUUGAAGUCCUUGAGAUGCAUUCUGCC